AUGGGAAGUUUCCUCUCUAUACAAAGUGGAAACAAACAGCGCCGAUCAAACCGGUUGUCAAAGCCACCAUCGACUUUCACCUCCCGUUCAGCAAGUUGCCGCUCAUCCCAUCAAACUUCGGGCGUCGAUUCUCCCGUGGCACCCAACCGUGCUCCCUGGCAAGACUCUUCGACUGUUGCCUCCGUUCCUAUCAGUUCGCCUGACCCUGAAUCCAAUGACCGAAGGUCGCAGUCAAUCCUCCCGAUAUCACUGCAGUCUGAGACGCCAUGGACGGGCGUCAACAGACCUGGAACGCAUCAGCCCUUAUCCGGAGAGCCAGAUCAUGUUCGCCUCCGUCUAGACACUUCCCACUCAGGUGUACCGGGACCUUUGUGCAGGCGAGCUUCUUUUCAGCCAUCCAGGCAGUCAAGCACCUUACACAGUGCCCCUCGAUCUCCGUCGGUUCAACCAGGACCGCCAAGGAGGUCCUAUUCAGUCCAUUCAGCUGCGCAGGGUACAAGAAGCGCCAUACACCAAAGCAGCCUUGAAGAAGCCGCGUCUUCGAACACCCAUUUCAUGAUAGAUAGCCCAGGCUUCUCCUUGAUCCGCCGGCGCUCUUUACUCACGCGCCCCGGAAUCGCCACGAGACGAUCAGUAAGAGGUGUGGCUCAACAAUGUCCAUCGCCAAUCGGACAAGAGCUAGCGUCUUCGCCCAGCUGUACAGACGAGCCGCCUCAGCUAUUCCAGUGGCCACUAAUAGAUUGCGAUGAUCCUGUUUUGCAACAUACUAAUCCGCUUGCUGAGGUUCGCCCGCCAACGCCUGGUGACUUCGGAUACACCCAUUUAGGAGCUCUUAAGCUGGGGUCUUUGCGGGUAGUGAACGGCUCAGCUUCCCCCUGCCCCAGCGACCGAAGCCGACUCAGGCCAAGCAGCCCAACUGAGGAGACUAGCGCCGUACAUACAACAGAGCUACGUUGUAGCAGAGAUUAUUUGACUCAAAAUGAUCCAGCCAGUAUGGCUACAUCAAGUUCUUCGGACAUGGGUGACCGUCAAAGUAGACCUGAAGGAAUCUGGGGCCCUGUGGCCGCCCCAGUGUCGGAGUACACCAGUGACGAUGGCCCUAACAGCGAGCAUGUGCCGAGUCUCUUCAGAAGUAAGCCGUCUACAUCUACCGUACAGAUACCACCAUUCCCCGACGUCACGAGAUACGAUGACUUUCCGGCCAGUCCAUUUUCUUUUGAGAAAUCUCCGAUUAUCGCAACAUCCCAUAAGUCCUAUGCUAAGGAAGUGGAAGACGAAGCUAUAUAUGUAUCUGAUGAUGAAAACCCCUUGAACUUCAUGAGAGACACUUCUCAAGAAGUUUCCCGCCCGAGAAGGAUAUCGCAUUCGUACAGAAAAGUAGAUAGCGGCUACAGCUCCGCUGCAUCAGUCCGCUCUCUACAAGACAAUCGCACUAGGGCUUCUCUUGAUUCCCAGGAAUCAACACAACGGCCUUCGGGCUAUCGCAGGUUUACGCUCGGGGGCAGCAAAGGCACUGAGUUGUGCAAUGUAGAGAAUCACUUGGAGCUGAGCCAGCAGCUUUCUAUGAACCACCAUCUAAAUCUCCAAGGUCCUAGAGUGAGUCCUAGUGGGGUAACCCGUGGUUGGUCAACAGACAGGGCAACAAUGUGCCAUGAGGCGCCACAGAUAUCAGCCAGUGGACGCCUGAGAAGCUUCUCCCUUACUUCGCCACAACACCCUGGUCACACAAUAUCCCUUCCUCGGUACUGCACACAGCUACGCCGCUCGGAAGAUUCCUCUAGUGGGGUCUCGCUUCCUCCGAAGCAUAUACCAGAUACUGCCGCGAUUCAAGCGGCUGAUGAUACUAUAUCAGACGUACAGAUCUAUGAAAGUUUCGCAAAUCAUUAUUCAAGACUCAGCUAUGACCGUGACACAGGGCUGGAGAAUUCAAAUCAAAGGAAAAUUGACGCUGGUAUUAACAGCGACCAGUCUUACAUUUUCAACUCAUGUCGGUCAAAGUUGGAGAAAAGCAUUGUCAAGAAAACUUUGAGUGUGGCGUAUGGGCAAAACCCACAAGCUAUAGCGGCCAAUGCAGAUGUUCGGCACCUAGAAUCAGAGAUGGAGGCACUUGUGGCACCCACAUCACAGUACCCAGGAAGGGCUGUGGAUGUAGGGUACAUGUAUACGGAAUCCCUGAGAGGUAGAGCAAGAAGCCGAACUCUCGAUAUUGAACGACGCAUGUCAGCAAAACAGCAAAACCAACAAAAUAUGUACGCGGUAGUAUCACCUUUCAUCUAUCGUUAA